GGAAUAGGAAUCGGUACCGGAAUCGACAUUGAAAUCGACUCCGGAAUUGGCAUCGGCACCAGAAUCGACACUGAAAUCGACUCCGGAAUCGGAAUCGGUUCUGGAAUCGACUCCGAUAUUGGCUCCGGAAUCGGCUCUGGAAUCAAUUCCGUACACGGAAUCGAAAUCGGGUAGGUCCGAUUCCGAGCUCCCACCACUAGUUUCGAUGGAGUAAAACUAAUGAAAAGAUGGAAAUAAUUGACUAUUGAAAAUCCAAAGACAAUUCAAACACAUUUAACAAACUCUAAGCAAUGUUAUUCUCUUAUUUAAAACCUAUUAAAUGUAGUCUAAUAAUUGCACAAUGUUUUUACAGAUCUAUGAAAAUGGCUGCAGUAAAUAGCGACAUCUGGCAACAUUUUACCAAAGAUUCUGAAGGAGCGAAAUGCAACUACUGUAAAAGUUUAAUGGCAUUCAACAAAGGAUCAACAUCAAACCUAAAGCGUCACUUAGAACGUAAACAUCCUACGGUCCCCGUAAGCCGAACCAUACCGUCAGUGGAAGCAAUGGAAUCAAAUCAGUCCGUCAGUAACACACGCCCAAUUUCAGCAUUUUACUGUUCCACUAAGCCAAUUACAGCAUCUAAAAAGCAAGAUCUCGAUCAUUCUUUGCUUCUAAUGAUAUGUAAGGAGUACUAUCCUUUUUCAAUCGUAGAAGAUAAGUAUUUUAUAAAAUUCAUGAAAAAUGCUUGCCCUAACUACGACCUGCCAAGUCGCAAAACCCUUUCAAAUGCUGCUCUUUCUCGAUUGUACGGUGAAGCACUUGAAGCCGUAAAAUUGAAGCUAGAUUCAGCGUCACAUAUUUCCAUCACUGUUGAUGCCUGGACUAACAUCAAUCACGACAGCUUUGGUGCAAUGACUGCUCAUUUCAUCGACAAUGAUUCUCAAAUCGUUUCAUUCUUGCUUGAAUGUUCAUAAUUUUCAUUAAGUCAUACAGCUGCGAAUAUUGAAAUAUGGAUAAAAGAGAUACUACAAAGCUUCAAUGUACACCAAAAAGUUUUUGUAGUGGUAACAGAUAAUGCAGCAAAUAUGAAAGCAGCUGCACACCGUCUAAAUUUUCAACACCUUCCAUGUAGUGCCCAUUCUCUUAAUCUUGUUGUCCGACACGCUUUGCAAGCAUCUCUAAAAGAAAUAAUAGAAGAAGUCAAAUCCAUAGUUCUACAUUUUAGAAAAAGCAAUAAAUCUUCAAAGAAACUGUUAGAAAUGCAAAUAAACAUGAAAUAUCCUCCUUUAAAGCUAACACAAGAAUGCCCAACAAGAUGGAAUUCCACUUACGAAAUGAUGGAUCGUGUAAUUAAAAAUAAAAUCCCUGUGGUAUCGUGUUUGGCCGCUGAAGGAUUUAAUUAUAUACUACAAGAAAGAGAAUGGGUGAUAAUGGAACAGGCUGUUACAAUUUUACGGAUGUUUGACAGGGUAACUACUGAAAUUAUGGGAGAAAAAAGUGUGAGCCUUUCUAAAAUGGGAGUUUUGAUACGUUCACUAAAAUAUCAAAUUAUUUCUAAAAGAAGCAGCGAUACAUUUAGCGAUGAAAUCUCUAUAAUGUUAGAUGAGCUCGAAGCGGAGCUCGACUCAAGGUUUUCUGAUCUAUUAAAUUCUGAAUUGGUCUCUUUUUCAAUAAUGUGGAAAGAAGCGAUUUAUGAAACAACGUAUGAAAAAAAUAUUAACAAAAUUAUCAAUUCUGAAAGCGGCACAAAUAACAACGAAAAUGAAAAUAUUAAUGACAAUAGCGACGACGAAAUUUGGGAUUGCCUAAAACAAUACGGCACAAACGGAGAAAGAAUGACUAAUCGGUCGCAUGCAGCUUCAGAGCUAGAUUCUUUUUUUAGCGAAAAAACUUUAGGAGUUAAGGAAAACCCCCUUAAAUGGUGGCAACAACGAAAAAAUAUUUAUCCAAACCUUUUUGAAUUAGUAAAAAAAUAUUUAAGCGUUCCGGCAACAUCUGUUCCUUGCGAACGGAUUUUUUCUAAAGCUGGACAGAUUUCGACUGAACGAAGGAACAGACUAACUUCAAAAAAGCUUAAAGAAAUUCUGUUUAUUCAACACAACUACGAAUAAUUUCUCAGACUUGCAUUUAUAAUCUUUCAUUUCAUUUAUUGAAUAAAUGA